AUGUAUGCGGAAGAAUACAAGAGCACCGUGUCAAGCCAUGGUUAUGCUUCGCGGACGUCUAUCAAGCAUUUGAGCGAGCUGGUUACAUUUUACUCCAAACAGAACACGGUGGAGAUGCAGACAAAGGCCGUCGAAACACUCAAUACAUCGGUUACUAAGAUUGUGCGCACGGAGAAGGAGUCUACUAGGCUGUUCGAGUCUGCGACGACCAUAGCGAAGCUUUACCUGCAGAUAAACCAGACAGAGACCGCAUAUGGACUGCUUCAAGAGAUGAGACGCCAGGUUGUCACGGAAGACUACAAAUCGUACUCGAAGCAUGGUAUCUCCAUUGAGGGGGCUGACCGAAGGUCUUUUGUGUUCAUUGUCGCCUUCGAGCAGACCUUGAAGGGUUCAGCGAGCGAGAGCUCCUUCUCAGAGAUCAUGGCUAGCCUCAUGACGGAGACGCUGCUCUACCAAUCUUACACACAAUCCAUCCGGAAGAAGUCCGGCUUCGAGGUCACGCUGAGCCAUGGUUGUCGCUUGUUAAUCUUCCUGCAGCGCCAGCGACGUACCGAGGAGUACCAGAGAGUCGACAAGGAGCUCUUCGAGAUCUUUGCCCAGGCCCUGCAUUCUCAGACCUCGUCCAAGACACUCCGGGAGCUAUUCAACAUUUGCAUCCAUGAGAUGGGCAGCAACAACGACGACGCUGCCGUCAUCGAGAAUGCCGCCCACGCGGUCCGCAUUCAUGCUGAUGCUUCUCGCUUUGACUCGGCCCUUGCUUUGGCCAGUUUCCUUUCAAGGUUCAUCCGUCUGCACGGUGGGUUUGCCAGCCAGCAGACCGUCGAUGCAGGUUUCAGGAUAUGUUUGUAUCUAACGGGUCGUGGAUGUAAGCGCUGCACCGACCAGAAGCUCCACCAGCAGAUGCUCGAGCUUUCCACCACGAUUCUCACCGAUGUGCUGGACGCCGCCUUGCACAUGAAGGUCAAGUUCAUCCAGAUGCCGAUCAAAGAACUCAACGAGCUCGUUGGUCUGCUUGGUGAACAGCGCAACUACUCUGCGCUAGAGAUGAUCCUCACCGACCUCUGGUCAUCUCGCCACUCACAAACCAGCUGGUCCUCAACGACCAUCGUCUGGAUCGGCCGGCGGCUCGUCGAGGUCCGCUUCGCCAGCGGCCGCCACGACGCCGCGCUCCACCUCUGCGAAGACAUCUGCUACAAUCUCAAGCGGGUCUGGGGUGCUUUCGACAACACGACGCUCAAGAUGCUCCGCCUGCUCGCCGAGCUCUAUACCGCGGCCGGCGCGUACAAAAAAGCAAUGGCCAUUCACGAAGAUCUGCUUCGCCAGACCCUUGUCGCCGUCGACGAAGACGGUGUCCUGGCGCCCGAAGGAGGUGCCAAGAUUGCCUCCACGCACAUGGACCUCCUUAAGCGCGCUUACCUCCGCAACGGCGGCUGGGGCAAGGAUUCUGGCGCCUACCGAGAGCUGUAUGCCCAGCUCAAGGACGCCUAUGCUGCCGAGCAGGCGUGGGCGGCCAAUCCAACGGCCGCGCAGGGCAUCGAGAAGUGGAGUCUCAAGGACAAGAAGGACGGUCUGGGGAUUUGGCAGCAGCCGGCGUCGUUCGAGUUUGCGAGCACAAGGGAUAAUAAGCAUGAGAACAAUUUGAGGCGGACAAGUGGGCUGUGUUGGGCUGAGGGGAGCGGCGGGCGGAAUGGAAGCGGGAGCCCAGCGGGGAAGAAGAUCAAGGAGAGGGAGAGGCACAACGGGGUGGAUGGGGGUGUGGGGCAGGUCGCCGUCAAGUGGGGCGGAGAGAUUAUCGAAUGA